GAACAAUCCUGGUCUUGGUAAGGGUAACAACCAGAAAAAAAUAUUGAAAAGCCAAAUUUCUUUUUUAGUUUAAUUGAGAAGAAACCACGAUGGAAAGGAAUGCAUUGCUGUGUAUCUUGUAUCUUACCCUAUUGCUUGCUCCUGCUCCCAUCUUGGCUAAUGCAAGAACAGAGAAAGAACAGCCAAGAAAUAAACGUUAUGUUGCACUCAGAAGGGCCCAAACUUCCUACGGUGACAGUCACUCAUGUGCGAACAAUUGGGGAUGGUGUAGACGAAGAUGCUUCCGCAUUGAAAGAGUGAAUUGGUAUUACAGUGGAGUUUGUGGAAGUUACUAUUGUUGCAUAUCUACUAUUUAAAAUAACAGGCUCUUUCAUAUUAGCCCUAACCUGAUCAUGGCCCUUAUAACUUGUGAAUGAUUUUUAAAAAUAAAUUU